AUGUUUAUGCUAGAUAGAUGUCCCACUCGCGAUCGUCUUCUCGAUCUAGAGCAUUUUGAGCAAAGGAUGCUUGCGGUCUGGCUCGAGAAGGUUGCGGCACGACGAUCUGCAAAUCAGAUUCACUAUCUCAUGGUCAAUGAAGAUGAGAGAAUAGACGACUUGGAGGAGGUGAAAUUACAUUGUGUUGAUUACUUCAAAGAGCUGUUUGGAAGUGCCCCUAGGAUGUUGACUAAUUCAGAUAAAGCUAGGAUCACUCAGCUCACUAAGUACAGAUGUACCGAUGCUGUUAAACGUGAUCUAAUGAUGGUGGUCACUCCGGAAGAUGUUAAACAUGAGGUUCUCAACUUCAAACUGAUUUGGCUUCUCUUCUCUACCAAUAGGUCGCUAUGGGUGGCUUGGAUCAAAGAACAUAAACUUAAGAGGACUACUUUCUGGUCUACCGAACCUAAGCCUACUGAUUCGUGGGUCUGGAGGUUUCUUCAAUCUUUAAAACUCGUGGCAAAGACUCUUAUCACUUGUAAGGUUAAUGAUGGUCAUACUGCAACACGGUGCGGGAAGCCUUUUUCGCUUAUGACUGGUUUGCUCCAAGAAGGUUCCGGUCCAGGAAUGAACAAACUCGUACGGUACAGGACCUACUUAGAAAUCUUGAUGUCGUCAACAGAGCUAGGGGCUGCGAUGUAUUCUACUGGGGCCAUGCUCCACAAGUUUCCCCAGAAUUCUCCACGAAGAAAACUUGGGAAAUAUUAA